UAAGCUGCCAGGCAGAGGUUGCUGAAGCCUGGCAGGGAAUCCACAGUGCAUUAGCCGAGGCAGAGAGGUGAGCUGGAACACAACCCUCCCCCUGCCCACCUCCCCACCACUCAAGUUGCUGCUGAGCUGUUUGACGUGCAGAGCGCUAUUAAUCCAUUGCUCUUUUGGGGUCUUGCAAGGCAAGGGCCUGGAGGAAUGUCUCAUCUGAGGCAGCUUCGAGAUGAGAGUGACUUUGACCAGCUUCCAGAUGAUGUACCUGUUUCUGCGAAUAUUGCAGACAUUGAAGAGAAGAGAGGUUUCUCCAGUUAUUAUGUAUUUGUGAUUGAGGUGAAAACAAAAGGCAACAACAGAUAUAUGAUAUUUCGUCGUUACAGCCAGUUCUAUAACUUGCAUACCAAGCUGGAAGAAAGAUAUGGUGCAGAAAAUAAAAAUAGCAGCUUUACCUGCAUGCUUCCUACCCUUCCAGGGAAAGUUUAUGUUGGUGCAAAGAAGGAGAUUGCAGAGAGCCGAGUCCCUAUACUCAACAUGUACAUGAAGAAGCUGCUUAGCUUGCCAGCCUGGGUAUUGCUGGAUGAAGAUGUCCGCUUAUUUUUCUAUCAGUCGGACUUUGAUAGUGAGCAGAGACCUCAGGGACUGAGGAGGCUUCGCCCUCGCACUCGCCGUGUCAAGAGCAUGAGUCCCCAGGAACCUGGCUUUGACAGAUUGGCAGCUCCACGAGUGGAGGCAUUGUUUGAUUUUACUGCCUCCUCUAAACUGGAAUUGAGCUUCAAGAAAGGAGACUUGAUCUAUUUACUCAGCAGGAUCAAUAAAGAUUGGUUUGAGGGAACUCGCCAAGAUGCCACUGGCAUUUUUCCAUGUGACUUUGUAUCGGUCAUUAAAGAUCUCCCAGAGGAAGAGGACCCCAUCAACUGGCUGCGCUGCUAUUACCACGAUGACAAUGUUAGCUCUAUCAGGGACAUAUCAGUGGAAGAGGACUUGAGCAGCAUCCCAUUGUUCCAAGAGUUAAUGGAAUUAAUCAGGCGUGGAUUUGAGCGGAAUGAUAUUGCUCUGAAUUACCGUGAUGCUGAAGGUGAUCUGAUCCGUCUGCUCUCUGACGAGGAUGUUGCACUUAUGGUGAUGCAGGGCAGAAGCUGGCCUUUUCAGAAAAACAUCUUUCCAUGGAAAUUGCAUGUUACUAGGGAAGAUGAUUACAGUGUUUACCACCCCACAGAAUCUGCCGUCUCAACACAAACAACCACCCAACCACAUUCAUAAGGGAACUUGAUGUUUUGAUAGGAAGCAGUAAUAAUUAAUUGAAAAGAUCAGUGUGGAAUUAACCCGCUAAGAAAGAACUUUUAUAUACAACCUCUUAGAGUUCUUUUUUUCUUCUUCUUAAAAUCAUGGCUAGGAUUCCUUGUGAUCCUAUAAACAUUAUCACCCGAUUUGAUUGUAUCCACUCACCCAGUUUUUAGGGGAUUGUUUGCAUACUAAAUGCUUGAUUUGGAAAAACUGCAUAUUUUUGUUUAAUACUGAGCUAUUAUGGAACUAUCCUAUAUUGUUAUUAAAAAAUACAGAAAUAAAA